AUGCAUAUGGUAUUUGCAUCUCCGCGUCCAGCCCAGCAAUCAGGGAUUAACGAUCCCGCACGCGUAGCCAGCUACACCGACCACAACACCAUUAUUAAUGUGGACCUCAACAAACGAUCUCAGCGACCGCGGCAGACACGGUUGCUCUACAAAGAUGGAGCAUAUACCCUGAUUGGCAAAAACAUCCCCAAUAUCACGCGGCGUUUCAUGUCGGAUUUCUGGAAUACGAUGCUGGACAUGAGCUGGAUGACGAUUCUGUGCUUUUUUCUCUGCAGCAGUCUGGCGUUGUGGUUGACGUUUGCCGCCGUGUUCUGGAUCAUUUCUUACGCACAUGGAGAUUUUGACACGCGAAAUUUCACUAAUGACACUUGGAUACCGUGCAUUUAUUUUGAGAAUAUGAGUAAUACGACGACGCUGACCAAUACGUUCACGCACAGCUUCCUGUUCGCAGUGGAGACCCUGCGUACGAUAGGAUAUGGUACACCGCGCUAUCCAACGGAUGAAUGCGCAGCGACAUUGUUUUUCCUGUGUUUUGGAUUAAUUGUCAGUUGCCUCUUGGAGAGCGUCCUGGUGGGGCUCCUCCUGGCCAAAACGCAUGUCCCGCAAAAGCGCACACAAACCCUCCUAUUCAGCCAGUGUGCGACAAUCUGCACCCGCAAUGACCAAAUGUGUCUUCUCUUCCGCGUGGGAAACGUCCGCACCAGUCUGCUGCUGCGUGUGGCACUCAAGGCGUAUUUGGUUUAUGCCAAACGCACCGACGAGGGGGAAGAAAUGCUCCAUCAGCAUGAAAUUGAUCUGCAAAUCGACUGCAAUGGCGACAAUGUCUAUCUGGGAUGGCCAAUUACCGCCUGCCAUGUGAUCGACGCCAGCAGUCCUUUUUAUCAUGUGAGCAAAAAGAAUCUGAGUCGAGCCGCGUUCGAAAUCCUGGUCAUCCUGGAAGGCAUUGUUGAAUCAACAGGAUCGUCCGUUCAAGCACGCACAUCGUACAUUCCGGACGAAAUCCUUUGGGGUCAUCGCUUCCGUAGCGUCUACACCCAUGCGGAUCGCAAACAAACCCAGAUUUUUGACUUUACCCACUUCGACAGUACAGAACCACAAGCGGACAUGAAAGAUCUUUCUGCUUACGAACUGAACGAACGGGCCAUCUUGACCAGUCCGCUGAAUUCCACUCCGGCACCGACUCCGGUUAUCUUAAUGUCGGUGGCGGAAGAAGAGCAAUCGGGUGACUAUACCGACAGUGUGGUCGGCGCAAUGCCGAAGGAAGCGAUGUUAUCACCGUCUCUUGCGAAGGCUCUGGAUCUCCCGUAUGAGGUCAUUCAGAAUCGAAGCCGGGCAGGAACGCGGCGUGGCAGUACGCAAGUGCAGUCGCGGAGGGUAUCGCGGGUGGAGACUUACGGUCAAGAUGGAUUACGCUUGCCGCAUCCGUGCAGUAAUUCACCGAUUGCUUUCGGGAAUCCCGAACCGAUUUCAUUGCCGUUGCGGAGGAUGUCGACAUCUGCGGGCCGGAGUGAUGCUAAGAUGCGGCAUGUGGCCAGUUGUGAUGAUUUUUCCGCGAUAGGGAGGUUGAGGAAAAUAUCUUCUCCGUAAAGUGCUCUUAGAUCGUUAUAAUGUUAUUUAUUUUGAUGAUGCUAACUGUGAUUCGUUGAUAAACGUCGGUGAUACUGUCCUUUGUUACAUACUCAUGAUUCCAUGAUGCAGUUUCUUCUAUACCGUUACUAUCAGCAUUUAUUCGUUGAUAAUUGAGCUCCUAGGUGCUUUUGUUUAUUGUCAGAGUCAAUAUAAACCGUUUUGUUACUAGAGAAAUAAAUAUUGAUUCUGGUGAUUGUAAAAAUCGAGAUCCUGCAACGGUGAUAUAAACCCGCGCAAUUAAACAAAGGUUUCUCUUCCUCCUG